CACCUUUUCUUUUUUAUUUAUUUUCUUUCCUUUCCUUUUUUUUUUUUCUUUCUUCACCUCGUGAGCGAUAGAUAGUAACUGAAUGAACCCUAGCUGAGGAAGGAAAAAAAAAUCAAAACUUUUCUGGGGAAAAACAAACAAAGAAAUCUCUCUGUGUUUCCCUGUGGAAAGAAAGAAAGAAAAAGAUGCAGAAUCCGAGUUUGAAGCAACACCAAGAAGCUCUGAUGCAGCAAGCUUUGAUGCAACAACACUCUCUUUACCAUCCUGGUGUCUUACCCCCUCAUCAUCAGUUAGAGCCAGUUCCAAGUGGGAACCUUCCUCCUGGUUUUGAUCCCAGCACUUGCCGUAGCGUGUAUGUUGGGAACAUCCAUAUACAGGUCACUGAGCCUCUUCUUCAAGAGAUUUUUACUAGCACCGGCCCUGUUGAAAGCAGUAAACUUAUCAGAAAGGAUAAGUCAUCAUAUGGAUUUGUUCACUACUUUGACCGAAGAUCUGCUGCUUUAGCUAUACUCUCUCUCAACGGAAGACACCUGUUUGGACAGCCUAUCAAAGUCAAUUGGGCUUAUGCCACUGGUCAGAGGGAAGAUACAUCAAGUCACUUUAACAUUUUUGUUGGAGACCUCAGUCCAGAGGUUACUGACGCUGCAUUAUAUCAAAGCUUUUCUAUUUUUCCCACUUGUUCCGAUGCAAGAGUUAUGUGGGACCAAAAAACUGGGCGCUCAAGAGGCUUUGGGUUUGUUUCCUUCCGCAAUCAACAGGAUGCUCAAACUGCCAUAAAUGAGAUGAAUGGUAAGUGGUUAAGUAGCAGACAGAUCAGAUGCAACUGGGCCACAAAAGGCGCUACAUCUGGUGAUGACAAGCACAGCUCUGAUGGAAAAAGUGUUGUUGAACUUACAACUGUCUCUUCAGAGGAUGGUAAAGAGCCCUUAAAUGAGGAGGCUCCUGAGAAUAACUCUCAGUUUACCACUGUCUAUGUGGGAAACCUCGCCCCAGAGGUAACUCAGCUUGAUCUACACCGCUACUUCCAUGCUCUCGGUGCUGGAGUUAUUGAAGAGGUCCGCGUCCAACGAGACAAAGGCUUUGGUUUUGUGAGAUACAACACACAUCCGGAGGCUGCUCUAGCUAUUCAGAUGGGCAACUCUCAGCCUUACCUCUUUAACAGACAGAUUAAGUGCUCAUGGGGCAGCAAACCAACUCCACCAGGAACAGCAUCAAACCCACUUCCUCCACCUGCCCCAGCACCAGUGUCUGGUUUAUCUGCAGCUGAUCUCUUAGCCUAUGAGAGACAGCUGGCACUAAGCAAGAUGGCUAUGAUGCAUUCACAGGGUCAACACCCUCUAAGGCAGGCAGGUCAUGGAAUCAAUGGAGCUGGAGCCACUGCAGCCAUGUAUGACGGUGGCUUUCAGAAUGUAGCCGCAGCACAGCAGCAGCUCAUGUACUAUCAGUAAUAAAGCCUCAGACCCUUGGUGCCAGUAUCAGCUUUUCUUUUUAUUUUCGUCUUGUUUGUUUGUGUGUGUGUGUCUUAUCUGACUUGAGUUAUCUUUAUAAAGUUCUGUCUGCUGGUUAGCUAUGGAUUGUAUAAGACAUACAUUCAAUAAAAGGG